UAUUGGCCUUUUUGUUUCACGAUACUAGCGGUAAGACGGUAAAAUUGGAGGGCAGAUAUUUGUACAAGGAUAGUCAGUUUGUCUUGAUUCCAAGAGAACAGGCUCAGGAAGCUUUCUCAGAGUAGGCACACUGGGAGAUAAAGAAAAAGCACAGAGAACAAGAAACAUUUUUACACACCAAGAGAUGGACCCAGACACACUAACCAAGAUGAGGAGAAAGGUAACUCCUCUGAGCAAGCAGCAGUCUACGCCUGUUUUAGGCAAGGACAUGCCACGGCAGUUCCAGAAGUGCUCCAUCAAUGAGGUGGAUGAGACUAUGAAGCAACUAGCUGAAAAGGUGUAUGCAUCAGCAUUAAUAGAGAACACCAAAGAUGUCAUGUCUGUGUUUACCGUUCCUGAGGACUGCCCCAUCGGCCUCCAUCAGGCUAAGCAGCGAGAGCUGCUCAAAGAGCUGGCUGAGGAACAUUCUGAAGAGAGUGUCAAAAGGAAGAAGAGUUUUAAGCUAUUCCGCUCCCAGUCUACAUCUCUUCAGAUCCCCGGUACAGCUGAGUGGGCCAUGUCUGUGAUUGGUCCUCUUCUCACCCCAGAUAUGCCUGAAAGUCCUGUCCCAAGCAAUGUCCCAGAGUUCCAGAGAGUCACUAUCAGUGGAGACUACUGUGCAGGGGUCACAGUUGAAGACUAUGAGCAGGCAUCAAAAAGUCUGUUGAAAGCAUUAUUCAUCAGGGAGAAAUAUGCCCGUCUAGCAUACCAUCACUUUCCCAGAACCACUGCCAAGUUUCUGAGGAGUGCUGAGAAUGACACAUGGAGUGAAGAAGAUGACAUUCUGCCAGACAGCACUCCCUGCCCAAGUGAGGGUGAGGACCCAUACAGUAUGGAGGACAUGCCUCAGAACCUGAACUACAUCCUGAAGAUGAAAGAUGGCAUCAUAUAUGUAUAUGAUGAUGCAGACGCUUUGAGUAAAGACGAGCCACACAGUUUACCAUACCCAGACAUGGAGACCUUCACUAUCGACAUGACUCAUGUCCUCGCCAUGAUUGCUGACGGUCCAACGAAGACUUAUUGUCACAGAAGGCUUAACUUCCUUAUGUCCAAGUUCUACUUGCAUGAAAUGCUGAAUGAGCUGGCAGAGAUGAAAGAACUAAAGUGUGUUCCACAUAGGGACUUCUACAAUGUCAGGAAGGUAGACACCCACAUCCAUGCAGCAGCCUGCAUGAACCAAAAGCACCUGCUCCAAUUCAUACAGGACACAUGUAAAACAGAAGCAGAUCGGGUGGUGAUGGAAAAGGGUGAGAAAAAGAUCACCCUAAAGCAGGUGUUUGAAAAGCUCCAGAUGGACCCUUACGAUCUCACGGUGGACUCGCUGGAUGUACAUGCUGGCAGGCAAACGUUCCAUCGUUUUGAUAAGUUUAACUCCAAAUACAACCCAGUAGGUGCAAGUGAGCUUCGUGAAAUUUACCUAAAAACCGACAACUACAUUAAUGGAGAAUAUUUUGCACGUCUUAUAAAGGAGGUGGCACAUGGUCUGGAGGAAAGUAAGUACCAGUAUGCAGAGCCCCGCCUCUCCAUCUAUGGCCGCUCUCCCAAUGAGUGGGAAAGCCUAGCGAAAUGGUUCAUCCAGCAAAAGUUGUACUCACCCAACCUAAGAUGGAUGAUCCAGGUGCCAAGGAUAUAUGACAUUUUCAGAUCCAAGAGGAUAAUUCCGAACUUUGGCAAGAUGCUUGAGAACAUCUUCCUUCCUCUAUUUGAGGCGACUGUUAACCCUCAGAAGCACAAGGAAAUUCAUGUUUUCUUGAAAUAUGUGACAGGCUUUGACAGUGUGGAUGAUGAGUCCAAACAUAGUGAUCACAUUUUCUCCUAUAAGAGCCCUAAACCAGAGGAAUGGACAAUGGAAGAAAACCCUCCGUACAGUUACUACCUCUUCCACAUGUAUUCCAACAUCAUGGUUCUGAACAACCUGCGAAGGGAACGUGGCCUCUGUACCUUUCAGUUCCGUCCUCACUGUGGAGAAGCGGGCUCCAUCACUCACCUGGUGUCUGCCUUCCUCACUGCAGAUAAUAUCUCUCAUGGCCUCAAUCUGAAGAAGAGUCCUGUACUGCAGUACCUUUACUACCUGGCCCAGAUACCCAUUGCCAUGUCUCCUUUGAGCAACAACAGUUUGUUCCUGGAAUACUCUAAGAACCCACUAAGAGAGUUCCUCUAUAAGGGCCUGUGUGUCUCACUGUCCACUGACGACCCCAUGCAGUUCCAUUACACCAAAGAAGCGCUGAUGGAGGAGUAUGCUAUUGCAGCACAGCUGUGGAAGCUUAGUACAUGUGACGUCUGUGAGAUUGCUAGAAACAGUGUCAUACAAAGUGGUAUCUCGCAUCAGGAAAAGAAACAUUUCUUAGGUGAGAACUACCUGCAGGACGGCCCGCAAGGGAAUGACAUCCGCCGUACCAACGUGGCCCAGAUCCGCAUGGCCUACAGACACGAGACCUUGUGCAAUGAGCUCAGCUUCCUAGUGGAUGCAGUUAAGUCUGCAGGCGUGACUGGACAGAUGGAGUGAAUAUACUGUCUGUACUGUAAAUUCCGGAAGCAUUUGUUAAGAUUAAAAAAAAAUGCAGCAGUAAAAUAGGAGUCCUGCAUAGAGUGAUUUGUAUGCUGCUUGUGACUGCACUGAGCCACACACUCAAGGCCCAAGUGCCUUACGGAAGACUGAAUUCUCAGUGUAAUCCAUUUCGGAAUGGAAUAUUUACAGAAAAGAAAGGUACUGCAUUACAUGGUUGGUUUUCAAAAACAGGAAUACUAGGGCGUUGGUUUCAUUUUAAUGAUAGUCUUGUGUUUCUUAAGGAAUAAUACAGGUUGGGUUUUGUUUUUUUUAACUUUUAAUGAAAAGCACUUCUGUAUAGUUUGCAUCAAAUAGCAACAUGAUUCACUAAAUGCCUUUUAAAAACUUGUAAGCCUGCUUUGUCAAAAGUGGUAUAAUGCUUUUGUCUCUUGUUCUGAGCAGUGCUGUUUUUUCCCACCUCAUGAGAAACACAGCGUUUGCACAAUGUUGUGAAUGUAGUGGAGUUACAGGAUCAGCGUACAUAGCAGCUGCUGCUGUUAUUAUGCUUGUAUGUAUGUGUACUUUUUGGGGGGGUUUGGUUCACGGGUACCUACUGGGACCUGAAAACUGCCAAGCAGAGAACUUUUUUUCAAGAAUUGUUUCAUAAUUGUUUAGAAGUGUGUUCUAGUCUUUAUAAGCCAAUUUUCAUAGUACAGUAUGUUUUUCAUAUUUUAACUAUUUUACAAAUGCAUUUGGAUUUUUUUAUUGUAUAAAAGAUACUUUUAUUGA